AUGCUCUAUCUUCUCGAUUACGGAGCAGGCAGUUAGUGAUGACAGGCGUGGCCCUGAUGUCCUCAUCUCGUCGCUGAUUACCUACACCUGCACUCCCUCCUCCCUCCUCAUCGCAGAUGUUCGUAGCUUGGCCAACUCGAUUCGCAAGUUGGGCCACGACUUCAAGUGGGUCACUUCUCCAAGUGACUUGCAAAGCGACAAUGUCACCGUCAGUCUUUCUCCACCUCGCGCAUCCAUCCGAGCCCGAAAUCGCAUUCUGACGCGCACUUUCACUGCCACCUCUUGCCAAUUCAAUCCCCACAGGCCUUGCUCUUUCCCGGCGUUGGCGCAUUUGGGCCUGCCAUCGAGUCAUUGUCAAAGUCGGGCUACCUGACAGCACUGCACGACUAUAUUCGAUCAGGCAAGCCGUACAUGGGCAUUUGCAUUGGCAUGCAGGUCCUCUUCCAGUCCUCUGACGAGGCUCCGGGCGUUCAGGGUCUCGGCAUCGUGCCCGGCAAGGUGCAGCGCUUCGACGAAAGCGAUCGCUACAAGAGCGUACCUCACAUGGGCUGGAAUCGAGCAAACCCAGUCGUCGAUGCAUCCUUCGCUUCGCAAUUUGGUCUGUCGGACGAGCAAGCGCGCCCACAGCACUUUUACUUUGUCCACAGUUUUAGGGCUGCCGUUGUUCCUGACCAGCACGAACGGUGGGCUCUCACCACGACGCAGUACGGCACCGAAAUAUUCCUCUCUUCGAUCGCCAACGAAAAUGUUUUUGCCACUCAAUUUCACCCAGAGAAGAGCGGCAGGGCGGGCUUGGAGGUGCUCAAAGCUUGGCUCGAUCGUGCGGGGGGCUCAAACACCAGUUCGAGCCCGCCGCAAAGAGGCGUGCUUCCCAAGCCACUUUCUCAAGCCAUCCAACCGGCUCAGAAGGAUGGCUUGACGAAGCGUGUCGUGGCUUGUCUGGAUGUGCGAAGCAACGACCAAGGCGAUCUGGUGGUGACGAAAGGCGAAUCUUACGAUGUGCGCGAGCAGUCGACGAGUGCGGUUGCCGGAGGAAGGGCGGUCCGAAAUCUUGGCAAGCCAGUCGCGUUGUCGGAAAGGUACUACCAGGAAGGAGCAGAUGAAGUGUGCUUCCUCAACAUCACCUCUUUCCGGUCGGCCGCACUCCGCGAUCAGCCCAUGUUGGCAGUCGUCGAGGCUGCUGCUGCAUGCGUAUUUGUUCCUCUCACUGUGGGCGGGGGCAUCAAGGACACCGUCGAUCCCGACGGCACCAAACGUUCAGCCAAGGAGGUAGCUGAUGCGUACUUUAGAGCUGGGGCCGACAAGGUCAGCAUUGGCAGCGAGGCCGUCCAUGCGGUCCUGGAUCUUAUUUCGGCAUCUCAAACAUUAGGGAGUGCUGAACACGAAGCGCGAGAUCCUGGCACUGCGCCUGCAGAAGCACUAAAAGGCACGACUGGCAUCGAAAACAUCUCCAAAGCGUACGGCGCACAGGCUGUGGUGGUCUCGAUCGACCCCAAGCGGGUGUACAUUUCGGAACAAGAAAAGCAUGGACACGCACACCAGCGUAGCAUCGUCAGCGGACUCUCAGGUACGGCAGACGAUCGCAAGUGUUGGUGGUAUCAAUGUACGGUAUCCGGAGGUAGAGAAGCAAAGGACUUGGAUGUGGUACAAUUAGCACGCGGUGUGGCGCGGCUGGGGGCUGGAGAAUUGUUGAUCAACAGCAUAGACAUGGAUGGGCAAGGCAACGGCUUCGACAGGCAAUUGAUAGACUUGGUCAGAUCGAGCGUCAACGUGCCUGUCGUCGCCAGCUCAGGAGCAGGAUCCGCAAAACACUUUCAGGACGUCUUCGAGCCAAAGGUCUUGCGCAGCAAGGACUCGGAGCCAGCGACGCCCAUCCCUUCAUCUGUCGAAGCUGCUCUCGCCGCUGGCAUCUUCCAUCGCAAAGAAGUCUCGAUCCAGGAAGUCAAGCAACACCUCGCCAAAAACGGCUUCGAGGUGAGGAUAGAAGACACCCAAGAAGGUGCAGGUGCUCUAGUGAGCCAGGCUACCGAGGAUACCGGUCACGUUGCUAUCGCAUGA